ACGAAACAAACAAGUUUGUUUAGGUUAAAUAGUUUUAAAGUUUAUCACUGAAUAUUUCCUAGUUUUAUUGUGAAAUUUUUCUAAAAAUUAAUUACUUUAUCAACUAUAUCUUUUCUGAUAAGUUAAUAUUAUGAGGGUGACACCUGAUCAUUGGAACACCUUUCUCGAUUUUGCCGAACAAAAUUCCGAAUUAAUAACAAAUCGAUAUCACGGAAUACACGGAAACAUACAAAGAAAUCUGCUUUGGACCAAAGCUGCGAAUGCUUUAAAUUCGUUAGGUCAUGGUCAGAAAACGGUCGCUCAAUGGCGAAAAGCAGUCACCGAUUGGAAAGCGAAAACUAAAGCGAAGUUAUCAAAACCUUAUCAUGAAAUAGCCUUAACUAGAACUGAAAAAAGAUUAUUAACUUUAAUGGGAAAACAAGCUUUGAGAAAACGAAGAAAAUUAGUUAUUAUACCUGGAGAUGGUAGAUUAGCAACGGAAGUAAAUUCUGAAGAAGAAGAACAUGUCGAUUUUAAUUAUUCAAAUCUCGUGUGUAAAACAGAAAAUCCUACAGAACAAGAUCCUGUUAUUGAAAGUGUUGAAAACACCUCAUCUGUAGAAGCCCCAAUAGCUGCAAGUACUUCAACGACAACUACGAAUUGUGAUGAAGACCAAUCGGAUAAUUCAAGUUCUGAUAAAGAUUUAUCAGAAAAACGGUUUAAAUGUAAAGACAAAAGGCAUAAGUGUUAUAGAUUUGAUCCUGUUGAACGCCAAAGAGGUAAACAAGAAAUUUUACAAGUUAUGAAUGGAAUUGGGAAAAACGUAGAAAAUAUAUCAAAUUCGAUUGAUAAAUUAGUUACUAUUUAUGAAAAAUUAACAGAAUUUUGUCAAAUUAUGGUCACAAGAAGUGAACCAAAAACACAAUAAAAUUAAUAUUUAUUUAAAUAAUCAGUUA